AUGUCCUGUACUAUAAAACAUCCUUCUGAUCAUGAGGUCAAAACAGUCUUCUGGACCAAAACUGCAUUUCCAUCUGUUGGAGAACCACCUGACCUGUGUUCAGACCCAGAAUACAGAGGAAGAGUUCAGUGUUUGAGUGAAAAUAAAGACACUUACAGCAUCACUUUGAGUAAUGUAGCACAAGCUGAUAAACACAUCUACUACUUCAGAUUUAAAACACACAAAGAAGAUGGAAAAUGGACAGGGUUUCCUGGAGUUCAGCUCGACGUCACAGACCUCCAGGUGGAGACACAGCAGAGAGUGAAAGAGGGAGAUUUAGUCACUCUGACAUGUAAAAGCACCUGCAGUCUGACUGAAGAAACAACAUUCAUCUGGUCCAGAAACACACAGACAGUCACUAAAGGAACAGUUACAGUGAAUCAGCUCCAGCUGCAGUCAGUCACACGUGAUGAUACAGGAGAUUAUAGAUAUCCUCCAGAGAAAGUCUCAGUGUCCAUCAGUGGAUCUGGUGAAAUAGUUUUGGGUGAUUCAGUGACUCUGACCUGCAGCAGUGAUUCAAACCCACCUGCUCACAUCUACACCUGGUUUAAGGUGAAUGAAAGCUCAUCUGUUGGAUCGGGACAGAGUUACAGCAUCUCCAACUUUAAUUCCAGUCACAGUGAACGGUUUUACUGUGAGGCUCAGAAUGAACAUGGAUCUCAGAGAUCAGCUGCUCUAUCAGUCUCUGUUGCAGGGGUUCAGACUGAUGCUCCCUAUAUAGUUUCUGGGAUUGUGGCAGGAUGUGGAGGAUUAUUCAUCAUCAUCAUCAUCAUCAUGAUUUUGUUUGUAAGGAAGAAGAGGAGAGAUGGUGGAGCUGAAGUCAUGAGGCAAAAUCAGGAGAAUCGCAGCUCAGCAGGAGCAGAUCCAACCAAUGACCUUCCGAUUUCUCCACAAAUAUCGACCAAUCAGAAUGAUGCUCUUUAUGCCUGCAUUGCACAUAAGAAACCCAACAGUUCCAGAAAUGCACAAACAGCUGCAGGAGAUGUUGACAAUGUUCAAUAUGCCAGUGUUCAAUACUUCAGAAACAAAGAGAAGAAAAAGACUGAAGACAAGGACACCAACUUUGAAGUGUCUCAUUCCUCUGAUCCCAGCAGUUCAGUGGAUGUGAUCUACAGCUCUGUCAAAUGAUCAACACGGUUUCUGCUCAACAGCACCAUUUCAUUGAAUCGACAAAUGAACGAACAGAACAGUUCAAGUUUGAUCUCUAGAUUCCUUUUGCAGUUCAUUCAUUUUAGAAAUAUUUUAGAUCAAGUUUUAGAGUUAAAUUUGAAAAAUCCAAAACUCAGCUGGAAUAUUAUUUCAUUUCAUUAAGUUCUUUACAGCUGAAUGUUCACAGCCAUACACACAUCAGUAGUUUUUGUUAGUCUAUAUUUUGUCCAUUUAUCUCAGUUAGUGUUGUACUGUAAUAGAAAUAAUAAUGCUCUAUACAAUAAUAGCUCUAUUCACCAGUUAACUCUUGAUCUGAUGCAUGUGCUUUAACACACAAUUAUUUCAAGAAUAUGUCUGUUCUACUGAUUUCAUUCACUGUAUUUUUAUCUUGUUAUUUAUGAGAUUGCUGUUGAAGAGAUUAGAUGUUCAGCUAAUGUGUUUGUUAAUACUAGAGACUAAUACUGAUCGUCACCUGUUGCUUUUUGUUAUCUUCCAAACCAUUUCAAUACUGCAAGCAAUGAUUUAUUUGUAUUUUGUAUUAUUUGCCUUCUGACCUGAACUGUGCUUUUUUCAGUUCUGAGCAGAUUAAAGGAAAUUUCAGUGUGACAUUUUUUGUAUUCAUUGUUUUUACUAUUAAAACAUGCAUCUGAU